AAGUCUGACGAGAUUCUCACAUUUCGAUUGCCCAACGAUCAAUUGCCAGGGAAAGACCAAUUUAGCAAGCAAAUGUUAAAAACUCAAGGCGUGAUUGACCUUGUGGCCGGCGAAUUAUUGGACGUUUCGAACGGAAUAUACACGUCAGCAGAAACAGAAUGGAAGAAUGCAUCGCGAAGCGAUAUACUUUAUAAGCCUCGGUUGGCAAUCCAAAACUCGCUUCCUCCAAUCCUCAUCGAAAUUCAACUCACCGUCAAUGAACCCUUUAUGCAACGCCUUGUCAGCUAUUCACAAAGCGUUUUGAGCAUCUACAAAACAUAUCCUAUCGUUUUAAUUGUUUGCACCGAUCGCGUCUCUCCUAUCCAACUUAUGGCAAAAUUCAAAACUGUUUCUGGAAAACCUUGGAUGUCUUCGCUCCUGGCCACUGAUUUCUGGGCACAAAGCUGCUUCAUUGCGUCGAAACAGACUUUAUCGAGUAUUGCGCCUUCUCAUCAACUCACACCCCUGCAGGCUUUGUCCUCGUUCCUGACCGAAGCCUCUCCAACGUUAUAUGGUCAUCCAUUUGCUGAAAAUCGAACUAUUCGACAGUUAUAUCACAUUGCUAUGGCCAUCUCGGAAACUCAAGUUGAUUGCGAUAAGGAUGUCUCAAAUGUGGUGGACAUCAUUUGCUACAACAACAAGAAAAUACUAAUGAAGGCUAAUGCUGCGUUAUUUGGUGUA